ACUUAUACCUUGUUUGACUUCAUUUCAGGAAGAUGAAGCCAGAUUGCUGCGACAUCUAUUCUGUUUGAUCAGGGCAGGCAAACUCGAGGAGGUAAAUAAGUGAGCGGUAAUAAUGAUGAUUGGUUGGGGGGGGGGGGAGCUUUUAGCUAAGCACCUGCUGUCAUAAAAUCAUGUUUGUUACAGAGAUGUGUCAAGUAAUGAAAUCAACGUUUCAGGGUUAGCCAAAAGAAACCUUGAUUGAAGAACUUUUGUUUGUGCCCUAUGUGCUGCUAGGAGCAGUAAGGAGUGGUAGUGUUGUUGAAUUAUUUUGAAAUUUUCUGGUAUUUCAAUUUUCAACUGAUGUUUUCUUUUUUUAUUGUCUUCAAGGCUCAACAUUUGUGUGAAAAAUGUGGUCAGUCCUGGAGGGCAGCAACUCUCGAAGGCUGGAAACUCUGGCAUGAUCCUAAUGUGGAGGGAGGUACAUGUUCACCAUUUUGCUUCCUAAUUUCUUUUUGCAAAAUCUGUAGAACAUGGUUUAACAAAAAAAAAGAAAAAAAUAUUGACAUACUGUUUCACCUUGUUGAUGAAAAAAAAUGUUUCAGCUCUUAUUGUUUAACUUGUUGCGACUUGUUGAAUGUAAGGAAUAGACCCUCUCUCUACUCAACAACAUUCAACAUGGUACAUGCAUGAUGCACUGUUCAACAUUUGUUGAACAAGCAGCAACAUUUAUUGGUCAAUUAAUGUUGAACUGGGUGUAUGUCGCAAACUUAAACUUGCAUCUGAGAAUAUGUGAUGAUCGUUGAGGGUAAAUUGCAAAAUAAAUUUCCUGUUUAUCAAAAUAAAAUAACAAUAAAAAACAAUGGGGGUUUCAAAAAUGCUGUAGUUAACUAACCAUUGCCCUGUCUCAGUCAGUUCAAAUGUGUCAUUUCAGAAAAUAUCCAUUCCCUCCACAGAGGGCACUCCCCCUCCCCUGCCACCUUGCCUUGUCGAAUGUUGUACUUGUCAUAACCCCACCCCCUGAAAUAUCGGUGAUUUUCUCACUUGGUUUGGCACUGAGAAGAGUGUUGUGAAGCAAGACAAAAACGGCCAUGUGUGGGAGACUAGAGUACAAGGCCUUGGUAAUUUUUGGUAACAGCCAACUAACUUGCAUCCAUCCAGCUGGAUUUCUUGCUUGUUUAAAUAUUCAUUAACCCUUUAAGUCCCAAUAUCCACAUAUAAAUUCUCCAUACUGAUCUUCAUACAUUUCCUGAAAGAAUUACAGUAGUUGAGAGAGUUUGAUAAUAGAUCAAAGCAUUUUCCCUUCAGUGAUCAUUUUGUUAACUCUCAUAACCAUUUCUCUGUGCAACAUGAAUUAUUGUUAGAAGAAAAUUGGGACUUACAGGGUUAAGAAUAUUAUUUUGUUUUAGUAAAAGCCGCCUAGUGGUCUAUUAUCAAUGCCGCGUUCUGAUUAGUUGAGCUACCACUAGGCUAUAUGUUAUAGCCCAUUAGUAGCGAAAAGUGCCGGCUUUGAAAACCAAAAAAAUGGCAGCUGAAUCUCGUUUUGCUAGCUAAAGUUGUUUUGUCUCGAUAUUUUUGACCAACUGGUUGGAUUUUAAUAAAACAAUUAUUCCUCUCGCCCUCAUGGCUUCUGAGUCAAUAGCCCAUUCAGGCUCGAGGGAUAACUGUUAAUUAGUUGUCAUGUGUGGGACAUACAUGUUGUGUAAACUAAAGUGCUGUAGCUCGUCCAAAUCCUGAAUUUUUAUGCUGAUACUCAAGGUCAUUUCAAAAUAGUGCGUAGUUGAUAAUGGUUCCAUUUUUUCCAGUAUCAAACAAUGAAGCUCUUGCUCCCAUGGAAGGAAACCCAUUCAGAGAUGUGUGGAAAGCAGCUUGUUGGAAAAUGUCACAAGAGGUGUGCAGUUUUGUAUUCUUGGUUUUCACAUGACAUCGCCAAAAUUAAAAAAUGAAGAAUUAUCAAUUUUCCUGAGUUUUUACUUUCACGAAGUGUUAGAGCCGCUAAAACUUAGAUUUUUCAAAUUUUCACUUUGAAAGGGUUCUUUGUUUUGUGAUAGAUUAUGCUUGAAUGCACUGCAUUUGUGUGGCGGCCGUGACAGCUGUCGUGUAGAUUAACCCAUUCGCCCCUGAACCGCCCGUAACCGCCCGUGCCGAUCCAGGCCCUUUCUACCCUUUGUGACGUCAUCAGUUUUAACGGUCAAGGACAACUUUCUUCGCUAACUUGUGCAUAGUGAAGAGAUCUUUCAAACCAUACCAGAAUGAGCACAAUUCAGUCAAGGACACCGGAGAAAGAAGCAAAAAACCACGUGACAUUGACCUGAAAAUCUCCAUGAAAAUCUUGUUCCAUUGCCCACCUACCUUUCCUUUCACCUAAUCCUAAGAUCCUAAAAGCUUUCCUAAAAACUCUUCCCACCAAAAUGAAGCCUACUAAAUGCCCAGCAAGAGAAAAAAAAAAUGAGGCAAGAAAAGCGAAAAAAGAAGGUAGGAGAGAAAUCUCGAAAUUUUGCUUUCUGCGCAUGCCCGAACUUCGCAAGCUGAUAUUUUGCAUCUGGAUCAGAAGACCGUGAAGUGUACGACCUGUAAACUGGUUUGUGGUAAGUUUUAGCUCUUUAUAGCACGACAGUGACCAGAAAACCACUCAACUAACUUGAAAACGCGUUUUUCGGCAAAAUCUCCAGGAGCGAAUGGGUUAAAAAGUGACUUAUUUGGGGGGAUUUUGCUUUCUCAACAGUCCAGCAGCAAUUUCAUACUUUUUCUCACAAAUAGGUUAAUAUGAGAGUAGAGUCGCAACAUGUAUGCAUAAUAAAUGUAUGGGGUUAUACGAGAAUCUUACUGAAAAGUAUUACUUUAAUGUUUAUGAGUUGCUCGAGGGAUAAAUGUAUGCUUUCAUAGCAAAACUUGGCAACAGAUGUUUCUGUUGGUUUCCAGCCGCCAUAUUGGUGUCCCUCUGUUAAAAAAAUUUAUAUCUCUUGUAUGAAAAAUUGCGCCGUAUGGAGAGAAGGAAAAAAUGAUGAUGAUGAUGAGUCCACGUUUGUUUUAUGCCCUUUGAUGAGUACAAUUACAGAGUUCACUUGUACUAAGUGACCUCGUCUUCUGUCUCAUGAAGAAUAACUUGUUGUCUUAGGGUUACAUGAAAGAAUUAUACUUUCAUUCUUAUUUAUCAGUCCAAGUUUAGCACGUACGAGAGAGCCAUUUAUGCUGCACUUAGUGGAAACCUUAGCCAGGUAUGUAGGUACUGGAUGGUCUUGGUUAUAGCUUUGUUAAAUCUUACAUGUGCAUACAUCUUUGUACAGCUUUAGAUGUCAGUAAUGUUACAAUGCUUAGACUUGUCAUGUACUUGGAUAAUUAACCUGUGUAAAGACACCCCCUCCCCUGAAAAAAAAAAAUAGGGAAGAGAGACGACAAGUAAUAAAAAUCUAUUUUUUCGUAUAUGUUGUAAUUAAUUUUUUAUCUCAAACCUGUAAAUAUUUUAUUUUUUCUUUGUUUCAACUUCAUUGGCAUACAUUACCUUACGCAAAAGCAAAAGCAAAAUGAAAAUUACCUGAGAUAAAAAAAUAACUUCAACAUAUAUAACACGGUAGAGACUUUCAGAAUUUGGUAAAAUUGAAUUGGCAUAAACUUUGCCACCGUGCUGGUUAAGGGAAAGGGAAAGUUAAAAGUCCUUAUAUUAGAUCAGUAACUCUUAAUAGUACUUCAAAUGGCAAACCCUGAGGCUGACGAUGCUGUCCCCCUCCCCCAUCAGUGCUUGAAAGGAUUUCAGGUCACACCUGGGAAUCGGAACCACACAAAAGGCUGCCACGCAUUAACUGACUGUGCUAAUCCUAAUCCUUGCUUCUACUACUGCUUGCUUUUGUGCAUGGGAAAGACAGUUUGCUCCACUGCACUGUCUUCAGCAUAUGAGGAGGCAUUUUAUUGCUGGUGGCAGGGGCAUAGCCAGCCCAUAGACCUUUACUAGUGUAGGGCCUACAAAUUUUUGUUUUGAUCACUCUACCCCUUGCAAUAAAUUAUGCUUAAGAGCUCCAAGUGUUGGUGAGGUCAGUGCUUACUAGUCAUGCACGCAAUUUUCAGGAUGUGUGGAAAUGAAAGUCAGCCAGGCCUACAACUAGUCGAAAAGCUGGUUACUCUCCUCGCUGGUUGUAUUUCCAGGGCUAGGGUGUGGAGUGGCAUGUUAAGGGUACCAAGAUGGAGAGAGCAUACUCUAACAUACUUCCGCAUACUCUUGAAUAAUUUUAAACAAUUGUUGGUUUGAUAUUUACUGUACAGACCUUUUGUGGAUCUUUUUCUGGCUCUGCCAUAUAUAGGUACAUUGUAAUACACUUUGUAUUACAUGUACACUGAAUCGUGACUAAUCAGGGGUCAAUUUAAUAAAACUUUUAUAAUUGUAAUUUACAAGACAGUGUAGCUCUUGUUUUCAGACUCUAAAACAGCGGCUACACUUGUUAAUUACACUUGUAAAAGUUUUAUUAAAUUGACCCCACUACAAGUUGCAUAAUUACAUGCACAUGUACUGACAUUACUGGGUGAAGCACGUUGAAUUUUCUUUUUAGCUUCUACCAGUCUGCAGGUCAUGGGAAGAUUAUUUAUGGGCAUUUUACAGAGUUAUGGUUGAUGUUAGAGUCGAACAGGUAAGUGUUAAAAAUAAAAUAGCAACUGAAUAAUGUAAAAGAGGAUUUGGCUUAAGGAAUUGAAUCCAAAAUAGUUCCUUUAUAUUUUAGGGUUGGGUUUCUGCAAGUAUGUGGUGAACGCAUGUUGACUUUAAAGUUGAAACACUGCUGUUUACCCUUUUGUGUAAUUGUUAUUGUUGUUGUUUUUUAGAAUAAUUAGCAACAAAAGUGAUCAUGUGAAUUAUUUAUUAGAUAAUCGCGAUGUUACAAUGCGGCAAAAUAUCUUGUUUUAAUUUCAUCCUUCACUAUUUUCACAUAGACCAUAAUGCACUUUGUUUACCCCCCAGAAGUUUGCAUAACCAUUCUCCUGGGUAUAACAGUCGUCCCAAGGUGCUUUAUGGUUUACGUGAAAAUGGUUAAUUCGUAUUCUUUAUAUAUGCAUAUAUGUAUCUUAGUGCUAGCUUUUUGCAAUAAUAAAUUCUUUUAAUUUUUAUUACGUGAUUGUAAAUAAUUUUGUACAUAGUUUCAUUUGAGAUUUCUUGAAGUGGUAUAAUAAAGUUAUCUUAUCAUAUCUUAUCUUUUUUUUAAAAGGAAAUUCGCCUUCAUCCUAGACCUGACAGAGACUUGGCAAACUUGUCACCUAAAUUCUGGGAUCAAACGUAAGUGAAACUAUAUAACUGGUAAAAUGGUACGUAAUGGUACCAGAAUUGUUCAUUGACACAAAAAAUUUAUGUAUGAUAUAUGUCUCUUCAUAGGCUCAAUCCUGAGAAAAUAUUCGAAGAACUUAAGGCUUGUCCAAAAGAGGUAUGUCUACUGAACCAGGGUGCAAAGAAAGUCAAUUUUACAGCUUUCCCGAAGGGCAAGCUGUAACUAACAUCUACUAGCCCGAAAUUCAUUUUUACUAGCCCGAAAAGUUUUUUUCGCGAGCAGAAUGAAAAUACUCAAUCUUCUGUAACGCUUUGAGUUCAACGCAAUAUUCACUCCCGAUGUCUUCAACUAGUUUGAUCUAGUUUUGCUGUUUUGCUUUCGGCGCUGCCACACUGUUGAAUUUUCUCUUAGUCCACCACAACACGUGAAUAAUUAACAUGCAUUUUAGACAUUCUACAAUUUAGAAAAACAUUUUUUAAGAAAAAAACGACGUUGAAACCGUGAAACCAAAGUUCUCAAUGGACACACUAAACGACAACGUAGACAACGCGAAAAGCUGCCAGUGACAGCACUUCAUUCUGCAAUUUGCCGCGCAGAAUGAAGUGCUGUCAUCAUUCUUUGCACGCUGUGAACUGAAACGUGGUUUGGUUGGCUGGUUCGAUUGUACAUGACAGAACGACUUCAUCGUGAAUAUCAUUAUGAUCCGAUGAAGAUCAAAAACCUUGUAUUUCACUAAUCUUCACUAGUAUAGUCAUGAUUGAUUACCUUCAGGCAGAAGUGGUCUAUCUCAAAUGUGGGAUCGUUUUCUUUCCCUUGAUUUACGCUUCGGUUUUGGAGAACUGCAACGAGGGCACAAAAGUUGCUUCUGAGACAACAGAAGAAUCAUAUACAUUGUAUAUCAAAACAUUUGUUUCUGGAUGCAUUGAGUCAGUGUUCUUCCUAAAUUUUAGCUCAGCGAUCAAGGGACCAUUCAUAGCUGGUAAGGAAAAAAUAUGCACCAGAGGUGCACUUUCCUGGGGGCAGGGGGGUAGUGGAGUGCGGGACAUGGCCCCGCCCUUGCUGGAAAAUUUAAGAGCUAAGUUCUCUGAAACGUCAUUCCCUCAUUUUAAGACCUAUUUUACGCAAAUCAGCCGUCCAUACAUUCAGUUAUGUGAGAAUCGGAUCGGAUCGGAUCACAACUUGUGUUUUUUUUUUAAGUACUUCUUUAAUUUUAGUAAACCUUCAGGCCGUUGCUAUUUUACCGGUUACCGCCUGAUAAGGAGAACACUGUCAGAGUGCAAGGAAGUAAACUUUUCUCCAGUUCCGACCUGUUUUCCAAACCGUGCUGCGUUAUCACUUUUGGGCCUUUCACUAGUAAUCAGCAACAGAAAACAGCUCUGGGCAACGGUUUUUCUUUUUUUGCAAGAAUGCACAUGUUAGGUUAUGUUAAAAAUUCAAGCAAUUUCGAGGCAGUUUGAAAAACGGUCCAUAACUUGCCAUAUAUGUAGGCUCAUUCUUUACACAGGCAUUAACUAUUUGAUCAUGAAUUUUUAUGAUCCAUUAGUCCAUCAGACAGCAAGCGGAGGAAUUCCAUCAUGUCAUACAGAGACACAUCAUACUUAACGACACAAAUUGUAAGUUUUAGUAGAUGAAGUCAAGCUUCAAGCCUAUUGUAGGUGAAGUGUUGCUGUAUGGUGAAGUGUUUCUGUAUGGUGAUAAAUGCCUUUUUCUGUUUGUUUUACUCAGCUUUAAUAGAAAAGAUGCACAGUUGGCUGGAAAAGGAAAAGAAACCAAUAACGCAAAUAUUACGAUUCAUGGCAAGUUAACCACAUGUUUGUAAUAAAUUUAUCGUGAUGCUGCUUGGAAUACAGUAACCCCUUCCUUUUUUUUUUCAUUUCAUUAGGGGAUCGACUGGUCCUCCCAUAUCAUCCACGUCCUUACCUUUCUCCUCUUUUGGACAAAGUCUACUAUUUUGAUGAUAUGAUCUUUACUAUUUGCCACUUUAAAAAUGAGAGGGAAACUGGGCCAAUUUAACUUUCGCAAAGACUUCUGGGACUUUUUUAGAGGCGGGAAAAAUUGGCCAGUAGCUGACCGUUGCGUCCCCAGUAACGAUUCCAGAAACAAUUGUGGGACGUAUUUCGGCUCCAGUUCCCUUCUGGUUUCUAAAGUGGCGGAAGGAUACUUUUGUCGUUAAAGUCGCAAAAUUCUCUUCGUGUCAUACUGACUGAUUCAUUUAAAGAGGAUUUAGAAUCGUUACCCAUGUACUUAGGGUCCACCACAAGUGGUGAUCAGAUUGUAUUUGGAGCCGGCAAACAAAACUUUUAAUCUUUCUGUGAUGUUUGUUUAGGCUCAUCUUGUUUUGUUCCUGAGAUCAGCUGGAAUUGAAUCUGAGGUGAGUGGCUUUCCAUACUGUACGAAAAAUGAGUGCAAUACAAAGGUUUUACAGCGCAAAGGCCUAGGUAGUCUCCUUCACAGCCGCUCGGGCUGCAGGAGUCACGGGCGGGGAGCAUUGCGUGACUCCGGCCCGAGCGGCUGCGAAGGAGACUAAGGCCUAGGUUGCUCGCCUGCAGAAGCAUUGCGGUCUUAAAGCUCUGAAUAUAUCUUUUAUUACAUUCUCCGUCCACCUGUCCAUGGUGGCCUUGUUUUAUGAGAAAGGCUAAAGCAACGGCAAUGAGUAUUGAGGAUUUGAGGUCCUGCCCUCCUAUCUUAGGUUAAACACUUAUAACGCUACAAGGACGUUAGGAUCAUCUAGUCAAAUUGUGUUGUAGGUGCCAUUAGAAUCAGGUACCUUCCAAGACAGCACUGCCAUUGUUUUCAAUGCGCUACCACACCAUAUCAGGAACUCCACAGAAUUUAGUCAUUUCAAGAGUCAGUAGGCAAAUCACCUUAAAACUAAGGAGAGGGCAAGGCUGCGUUCUUAGUGACCAUUAGUUUUUCUUGAAUUUUGGAACUUAUCGUUCUAUUAUCAUUUCACUGUCCAUAGUUUUUCUUUUCAUUAGUUUUUCCUGAAUUUUUGAACUUAUCUUUUUCUUAGCAUUUUCCUGUUCAUAGUUUUGUAGUAAUGAUAAUUUAUAAACAAUUGAUGAGUAGUUUAGUAGGUUAGGUAGUGUAGUAGUUAGUCACAGAUGAAGAGCCAUAUUUUUAGUCUAUGGAUAUACUGUUAAUAAACCAUUAUUAUUAUUAGGUGGCUCAUUUCUUUCCCUUUCCUCGCAACAACGGUAUGAACUUGUGGAGGACAUGAACACACGAUCAGGAUUCUUAUUUCUCCUUUUGAGCUCGGCUGCGACAAUUCAUCUCCAGGAAUGUGCGUAGAAUGUUGUUUUUAUUUAAUACCUUGGCGUUGUCUUGCAGACCGAUCCUGAGCUGUGUGUGUCUAUACUGAAGGCAUAUGUUCAGGUAUGGACGUAACGAUUUUUAUCGCUUUAAAGGAAAGCUUCACAAAUGAAUUAUUCAAAGUCAUUGUAAGAGACUUCAAACUGAUCAUUUGGGGUGCAUAGUCAAAAUAUAAUUGCAAUUCUUAAUUUUUUCAGGCCCUAAUUGACGAGAAACAGAUUGACCUUGUGGCAACUUACACGGCCACUCUUCCCCCAGAGAUUCAAACACAGACUUAUGCUUACUUCUUGGAAGGUAACUCAUAACUUUAUUAACCCCAAAAAUCAUUCUUUGUUUGCUGUUUUCUGUUGUUUUGUUUUUAAACAAUUUGUAGGUUUAUCAAUUCUGUCCUGUUGAAUUGCAAAUUUUACUCGAAAAGUAAAUCUAUAUGAUUUUUUUUUCUCAGACAUUGUGGACAUGAAGCAAAGACAAAAAUGCUUGGACCUAGCGAGGAAUGCCGGUUCGUAUUUUUCCUUUGUUUGUAUGGCAAGGUUACCGUAGAACUGCAGCAUUUUAUGGACGACGUGAACAGAGAACAAUGAAUUUAGUUCAUUUUUCUCUCUGAACUUGGAUCCGAAUUAAUUAAGAGUUCAACCCCAAGAAAAUUCGCCUUACAUUUGACAAACUGAGUGGGCUAAAUAAAAGCGAUGAAGUCGCUCGUCGUCGUUUUUGCUUAAACUACCUUAUAUUUGUCCGUUAAACUCGUUAGAGUGGGCAUCGUGUAAUUUCAACUUAAAAUAUUACUGCUGAACCAGUCAGACAGUCAUGAGAAUAAAAGAAGUGCUGACCAUGGACCAAGAACUCUUGUUUGUUAAGUAAAUUCUCUUCAGUCAUCGUUAACACAGCUUGGAGAAUUCCGCGCAUGCUGAUAUUAGGGUUUAAAGUGUUAAUGAGGAGCUUUGACUUCUUAAUCCUGAUUUUAUCCAGGUCUUGACGUUCCGCUGAUAACCAAGACUGUAGUGGAGAAUAUCCGAGGAAAGGUAGGAUAUUUUUUAAUCUCUCGCGCGUGGAGGGUAGCGCAUGGUAUUGGCUAGGCUAGAGUGAUCUGAAUAUUACCCUAGACUUAAAAUGACGAUGAUGAUGAUGAUCUGAAUACUGUCGACAAUGCAAACUCCGUAAGCGUUGCACUGUAUUUCAUAUAUAUUUAUAUCCUAGUUAUGAAAUGAUUUCGUAUGGUUGAAAUACUUGAUUUUUCUUUGAAUGCACGCGUACUGCUUUAGAAACUUUGAAUCUUUGCUAAAUAUUCAUCUUUUGAACGUUCUCUUAGUGACGCCUUUAUUCUCCGAUGUGCCAGCCGCCGGAAAGGGUAUAUUUACUAUCUGUUCUACUUUCUCUUUUUCCUGUUUAUAGGAAGACUUCAAAAUUGACCGAGAUAUUUCGCCUGCUUUGGAAGCUGCCACCUCAAACGUAGGUCGAGGACUAAACCCUAUUUACAACCUCGUUCCCAGACUCUCUCUCCUUGUUCUCCCUUGUUGUCGAGUAGAGAGACCUGUCCCUCGACUCGUCGACGCAGUUGUCCCUUUCGUAAAUGGUCGCUGCCUUUUUCAAGACACUUAGAAAAUUUUGCCUGUUAUUGAGAGUGUUUCUAUUUUUAAAAAAAGAAAAUCGCAACGCAGGGUCAAACCCGGUCGUUUCGUAUCCUAAUCUCUCUCCCUUACCACCACACUACCACACCGACCCCCAAAAUUCUGAAAAAUUUAACUACAUAACCUCGCAAACUGCCUUUCUUAACUGUUAUAUCAAUAACUGGUGACCUUAGCCCUUUCCUUAACUGUUGAUGAAAAUUCAACCUGGGCUUCAACGUCGUUCUUUCUAACACUAUUCAAAAACGUUUUAUUUGCCUUAUUGUAACUUAACCCACCCAGUGGUGGCAUUGACCGUUAAAAACGGCGAAGACCGUUUACGAAAGGGAAACAGGCCUCCACGACACUCAAUAACAAGAGAGAAAAAGAAGAGAGAACCUGGAAUCAUAUCACCUAGAAGAGCCCUGUGAAUAGUUAAUGCCGAAUGAUACCAAAUAAGACAAUCACUGCAGAGUUGAUUGUUAGCUAUAAAGAGUACAGUUGGUGACGGGGUUCCCCUUGAUGGUAGAAAUAUUUUCUUCUCCAGGAGGAUCGGAAGAAGAUAGAAGCCAUUGAGUGGUUGGUGUUUGAUCCUUCCCAGCGAAGUGAAGCCCUGAAACAGAGCAACGCCAUCAUGCGCUGCUUUAUCGGUAAGUUUAUCAACAUACAAUUUCUUCUGUAUCCUCGCUAUGGUGCUCAUUAGGUUUAUAUGCUGACAAGGGAAUAACUGCCCACCGUAAGCAGUGCUUUGUGCUCUUACCCUACUAUCAGACCUGACGGUGAUCAGUUUCAUAUUUAUGAGUCCUCACAUGUUGUAUAUGUUGUUGCUGCACACACUGAGUUCGUGUAUUUAUCUUAAGUCAACAAGACGCUGUCGCUACGUAUUUUGGACUUCGCUAUCUGCUCAAGGCCUUUUUUCAUUCCUUUGAGCGACAGUUCGUACGCACUUUUAGGUUACUUAGCUACUUCGUGAGUAGACAAAUAAGGAGUUAAACGUCGAACGUGCUUUUGCACUAUGCCCCCUACACACUUCGUUUUUGUUUUAAAAAAUGCUAUGAGGUCUUCGUGGUGUCUUUAAUUCUGAGUGUCCAGUUUCAUGGUGUUGUUAUUGUUCUGUGCAGCUACCAGGAAGCACCCUGCAGCCCGCGAAGUUUUUCAAAAGAUUCCAGCGGACUCUGUUCACGUGAUUCACAAAGAGUGGCAACUAAGGGUGAGUACUAUUAAUCAAUAGGCCAAUUACACGAUGACAUCAUUUUUCUACUACGACCAGAAUCCUUCAGAGUUUUGCUGUCUUCUUUUUCUCUCUUGUUCAGAGUUUUGUUUUCUAAUCCCGGGAGUUCCAAAUGACGCCAUCGUGCAAAUGGCCUAUUACUUGAGAUAUCAGUUUUGUUGUUUUUAUAAACGAGUUCUCAACGAUCAAACGUUUUGAUCUGGCGUCUUUCGGGCACACCUCUUUUAGGGGUGGCUAAACGCUUUCAAAAAUAUUGUUUAUUAAAAAAACUUAUUGAACCCCUGAUUCGUCGUUAGAACCAAUGAUGCAAUAUUUCAACCUAAAGUUGGCCUAGCUCCUUUUUUUCGCUAAAAUUUCUACCCAGAUUAGGUAGUGCAAUCCUGGACAUAGGUGCCUAUUCCUUUAGGUAAAGGAAAAUAGUAAUUUAGACGCUGUUAAUUUAGAAAUGCUUCUUUACCUAACUAAGAACUCUGCGGAGAAGACCUUUUUUCUUUACCCUUUUCUUUCUUACUCGUUUAAGAAAGGAAGUCUUGUUGGUUGAAAGGUGUUGAGACUGUUGAGUGAGGUCGCAUCACUGGUGAGGCAGAAGAUGUUGCAUAGAAAAAAAAAGACGUUUGAAAGAUAGAAAAGGUCGUGGCUAAAAGGGAUUGUUUUGUUAUCAGAAACGUUCGUUAAUAAAAUGUUUGCUCAUUUAGUCAAGCUUGAGGGCAAGAAGCUUAAACUCCUUCUUUGGCUUUGACAGGACAAGGGUCGUGUAUAAAUCUUGUUCAAACGCCUUUAGAACGUUGCUCAUUUAAGCCAUUUUCGUUAACAUCUCGUAAUUAUGUUAUUUAGGUUUAUAUUGUAAGUUAUGGCUAUUAGUUAACCUAGCCCUCGAGAAUCGGGAUUCAGGGCAGUCUCGGCUUUCCAUGUUGGAUUUCCUAUUCAGAUCUUAUGUUUUAAAAUCUCUGUUUUCAGGGUGGUGCCAGUGCUUUACCCGCUGGUGAUGAUAACGCUAUAAGAGAGUACUUGUGUAUUAGAGCUUAUUUGGUGAGUUGUCAGCCCAGCCAUCUGUCUAUUUUAUCAUAUUCAGCUGGAUUAAGUACCCUUUAUUCUCUCAUUUUGAAGUAAUUUGUGGUUCCUGUAAUCUCAUUGGCUCUCGUUAGCAAUGAUUUUGUUACAAAUAGUUAUGGUGAGUCCUGGGAAUCAUCUUGUGAACAAAUCACGAGUCCCAGUUAAAAGGACCCAUUAGGUUGGAAAUUUAAAUGCUUGGGCCUUUAUGUAACCAGACAGUUAAUCGGAAGACAGACUCCAAAACUCUGUAUUACAGUAUACUGAAUUAAAAUAUACCGGUAGUUCUUCUAUUUUAAAGCACAACAAAGGCUAAAGGAAAUAUGCAUCGUUAAACAAGAGCGAUAAUAACUGCCACAGAAAUUAAGCGAACGGGAUAUUUCUACUAUUAUUAAUACCACUACAUGAGAAAUUUCUGCAAUUUGAUUGGCUUAGAGCAGUGGUAUUUCAGCUUAAUUUGAAAUACCUACAUGUGAAAAUUACAAACCUUUUGCGGGUAGUGGUAUAAACAAAUAAUAGAAGGAGGUGUAGUGAUAUUUGGCAUAAAUACCACUCGGGAUAUUUCAAAAUUGUCUCAAAUUUCACUCGCCUAACGGCUCGUGAAAUUACGUAUAACAAUUUCGAAAUAUCACUCGUGGUAUUUAUGCCAAAUAUCACUACAAAUCAUGCUAUUACCAAUACGUACACACACAUGUUCAGUCUUCAGAUCGAUCGAUCGGUCUUUGCGUCCUACGGGACGCAUGCCUUGAAUUAUUUUUCUGUUUUGGGGGUUUUUACGCCUCAGGGACGUAGGAAGUGGAGGUAACAAAAUCACUGCAUUAGUGUGAGUUAUAAACGAAUCGAACCAUUUUUUUGGGCUUUAUAUCGCAUCAAUACUCUUCUAAAUUGCACUCCACUUAGACCGUAAUGAAUUUGCUACCGAUAGGGUUUAUAAGGAUAAAAACGGUCAAAGAGACAAUAUUAACAAGUAAAGCGUCUUGCGGCUUCACACUUCUGUGUUUUACUGUGUCUUGUGCGCAUUUUUUUGUCGUGUUGUGUUGUGAUGUUGUUUUUAUUGUUGUCACAGUCAUUUUACGUGGCGUAACCAAUGACUAUAAAGUAUAUUUUAGGUGAUGCACAGUCUGUUACCUUUAAGCGAUUUUAAGUAAUUUUGAGAAGUUUUUUAUUCAAGCAUUUGUAGCUGAUAUAGUUUGAUGGAUUCUUGACUAAUUGUCCUGUUUGCAGGAAGCACUGGAUGCAUUCAAUGAUUGGUUUCAACAUUUUCUCCACAGUGUACCAGUAAGUGGAACAAAAUUAAGAGAAUGACUUUAACUAACAUUGAUCCUCUAAUCUCCACUUCAGAAACUCCAGGGAGAAUGGGUCCAAGGUUUAAGCGCAGUGAUUUCUGAGAUCGUUCGGGUGGAUUUUUCAACCAUUAACCAACAUUAUUAUUCAUUCAAAAUAUUUUCCCGAUUCUGAUUGGCUAAAAGCACACGUUUAAUUCACCAUAACCAGUUACUGAUGACCAAAUUUGGAAGAAUUUUGUGUUUAACGAGGAAAUGGCGUCAAAAAUGCAGCGUUUUCUCAGGUUAAGGCACCGUUAACCGAGAAGACCUGGGGACGAGGUUGAGUUGUUUUGCUUGUGAACUUGAAAAAUGGCGGACAUUUCACUCGUUUCAAGAGUAAGAACUAGGCGAAAAAAUAUCUAAAAACAUGGCAAGAACAGCAAGAAGACAACUCGAAGGGCGACAUCUGCUAUUUGGAGAAUAUUUGCUGAGCUGCACAAACCUAAACGUGCACUAUCGAAGAUGAACUUAACAUCGGUGGAUCGAUGGAGGUAAGCAUGUUUUAGCCAUGGUUUUAAACUAGGAAUUAUUUUGAAUGAAUAAUAAAACAAUUAUUGAAUUCGGCUUUCGUAUCAUAUGAAGAAUUAUGGAGAUCUCGGAAGGUGUUAUACGGCCUCGACGGAUAACACCCUCCUCUCCUCGAUCUCCAUAAUUCUUCAUAAGAUACUCAGCCUCAUUCAUUAAUUGUUAAAUGAACAACGCUUGUCCAUCCAAACGAUUCCAGAAGUCGUUGCGCCGAAAGCUUGUGCCUAUUCCUCUUAUAGUUUCUGGAGUGGAGAAUACCCGCCGGCCUUUCUAUACCAGUAAAAGGUACGGUUUAAUAUUCUUCAGUUUUAACUAUUUGUUUGUUUGUUUGUUUAUUUUAGUUAAAGCCACGCCACGAAGCUCAUGCUAACUUCACGGAAAAGGUGGCAUUUGAACAGCGACUUAAGCAGUAUGAGGUAACUAAGCUUCUCUUCCUCACAUGUCAAUAAAUCAUUUCUUAGACCAAUCAAAAUUGGCCCGAAUUUCACCAUUUACUGACGGGUCAACUAUGAAACUUUUCGGCCUGUUGCCUCUUUUCAGUGUGAAUGGCGGAUAACGUCAUGUAUAACGAGUUAUCAUUUAGCUUUACGUUGUCUGAAUGUUUUAAAACUGGAAUCUGUUUCCCAUUUCUCUUAGGUUGAGUUUGGAAGAUGGAAGAACUCACUGGAUAUUCAUACAAAGGUCGGUAAUUGUAGUGUAAACACACUCUGGUAGUUUUGUUUUGUUUCAUGUAUGUUCAUUAUUUUGUAGCAAAAAAAUGAGAGGUUCGAAGGGUAAAGUUUGCAAGGGUUUUGUCUGGGUUGGGAGUGGGGAGGGAGAUAAUUGUCUUCUUUCAAGAGAAUUUCUUGUAUAUCACCGUCUUUCAUCAUGUUGAGGUAGCGGGAGACUUAUUCUAAACUGCUGUACUUUAACCCAUACGGAUUCCCAGUUCAUACCUCAUGAGUGCUGUUGAAGUGACGUCAUCCAGAAAUUUUGCUACCAUGGCAACUUGACGUAACGACUUCUCUCUAUAGCCUGAAAAAUUAACCAACCACCGCUCUAGGUUCGGUGGUUGUUACGACCCACUCCAGUUAAGCAUUGAUACUAUAGAAUUCGAAAGCAUUCUGGAGGGAGUGUGUCACCGCCUUAUGUAUGCACCAAUUAAUUUAUCGUCAGGUGGUAAAUGAAAUGUUUAUGUUUCACUCCAGUCCCUCCGGGGUCGCCCGCUAUCGUUUAGAAACCUCCCCUUAAUUCAACUCUCAAAUAGAAUACCUCUAUCAUAUAUGCUUUUUAGGCUACAGUUGAGAAGAUUUAUAAUGUCCUUUUGUUCCCUGACGGAGGAUGGAUGGUAGACCAGAGGCCGGUAAGCGUAUACUCCCAGUCAGCCAAACACAAAGGGCCAGUUAUUUAAACCGGGCUGAGCCAGUGUUUAACAAAACCGCGGUCUAAGCCAUUUUCAGGUUGCCGAACGCUGUUAUCUCAACACCAUUUAUCGUGAAAAGGUUGAUGAGAGCGUAAGGCGUAGACUGCGCACAUGCUAUUCUGUGGUGGAUUGUGCGUGGCUGAGACAAAAGGCGACUUUAAGAUGUACUACAUGGAUUUCUUAGCUUUUUCCGUUAUUUACGUAGUCUGCUAAUUUUCAUGCAUGAUAAAUAAACUAAAAGUAGGUGGAAGGUAGUAUCAAAAGUAUCGACGGCCUAGUUCGUAUAAUUUAGUUGUUAGAAUUGUCAUUUUUGUAAUUGAUAUCAUUAGUAUGGACGCAUUUUUCAAAAAAAAGAAAAACCUUAAAAUGCCUUUCUGUGCUUUGAAAGAAGUCUUUUAUGACAAUCAGCGUGCAAAGAAAGUAGUGUUCGAUAGCCCGAGGCUAGUGGAUUUUGCUAUCGGGCUAGUGAAUUCUGUUUUUAACUUGCCCGACGGGCAAGUGAUGUUUUAUGAGGAAUUUGAAUAACAGAAGAACAAAACGUUUUUGGGGCUAGUUGAAAUGACGUCUGGGCUAGUAAAUGCUAGCUUCAGCUUGCCCGAAUGGCAAGCUGUAAAAAUGAUUUUCUUUGCACCCUGGACAAUUGCAUUUAUUUAUGCUCUGUAUGGUUUGAACUGAUGAGGCUGGUGCAUGCAGGGGAUCUAGUCAAGUUAACCAUGUAAGCUAACAGGGACUCGUGUCCGAUUUCUCCCUAUAGUAUGACUGGCCAAUCAAAACAACGGUUAUGAGAACAAAGAAAAUGAUCAAUUAGUAAAAAAGGUCUUAAUUGUUAAACAAAUUCUCCUCAGAAACCUCAUAAGAGUAGUGUAGAGAAUAUGGAAGUUGAUAUUAGGACUUGAUGGAUUAAAGUGUUAAAGCCGGGGUGUGUUUGUAUUCCGACAGGAAGAGGACGAGGUGGAGGGGUCGAGCCGUAGUCAUCAGCUCGAACUGUUAAGACAACUUUGUCUUCCGCUGAUAUGUGUUUUGCUUCAUAACGUGUUACACUCCACGGAACAAUACAAACAGGUUAGUUCAUCCUUUCUUCCACCUGCCGCAUCGCCGUCGAACGUCCCUUAAGCGUUCACCAAAAAUGCAAAGGAUUUGUUAGUCUCUUGCAAGAGUAGAGCCACAGACCCUAGCCCUUCGUCUAAGCGAAUCAAGGGAUCGUGGGUUGUGUUUGGUAUGAUAUCGGGGAUUAGAGCUAUGUUAUUGGUGGGAACAUGGUCACGUGAAAAACAAGAAUAAAGUAAUGAAAAGUGUUCAUUCAUCGCGUGGGGUUUAAGAGUACGACGAUAGGGACCGUUAAAAAGCAAAAAGAUUUUAAAACCAAAACAACUCUGCACGGGCAUCACACAUCACACGGCAACGACUUGAAAUAAACACAAGAAGACGAUAUCAUUUCUCUUUUUAUUAUGUUGGAUAUGGUCCUGAGGAAUGCAACUAUACUAAAAAAAUUUGUCUUCAUCUCACCGUCUUGGUUGCUUAAGCUCCGUACAGUCGAAUUCGCACCGAUAGGAGCCUUUAGACCAUACGUCAAAUGUUCGCUUACGGGAGGUUUAAAACAAUGGGAAAAGUUGAAUGAUUGCCUGCAAAGGUGCUUUGACCAGCAAAUUCUUGGCAUUUUAUAGAGGUGGUCGUACAUUUAGGUUUCCCCUGUAUGGUUGUCUUUCGUGAAAACUUUUGUGGAAUAUAUCUUGUGACCAGAGUAACUCUGGUGCUUACAUACUCUCAUUACUGUCGUUUUUAAUCAUUGUGAAGCUGCAAUAGUUAGCGGUAGCGACGUCUACCACUCCUUUUUUUCUUACGUAGUUUUGUAAUUUUUGUUGCAGUGUUUGCAGUUAGCGGAUGUUAUCUCCUCUGAACAGUAUCAGCUUUACAAGGUAUCUGUCUACUCUUCCUAGGUCCACCAUAUUUUGAGGUUACAAGUCUUAAAAUGUUGACCACGCUUUGUUUUCUACUUGUCUUGUCCUAUGGUCGCUUUGCAUGCAAGACGACCGUUAUCAAGCCGAUCGUGAUGCUCUACGCUCGGCUAAUUAACGCCUUUCCCGAAGGUAACUUUACAGGCGAAGGGUUGCUUCCUUUGGAGACUGUUAUGUCGCGAAAAUUUGACGUCGCUAACUUAGUUUAUGAUAAAAGUUGGCAGACCGUAACUGAAGAGAUUCCGGCGAAAGAGAACGUCUUGACCGUGUCCUCCUGAAUCUACCUAUUCGGUCGUUGCACGCUUGUGCCCAGUUCGUCAAUUUUCUCGUCAAAAACGGUUACCGAGUGAAUUGCGGAUACUUUGGGCCUCGGAUGCUGUUGUCGUUUUGUUUUGGUUCACUGGAUCUGCGUAAGGAUAAGCGCGUGCGCCAGGAUUCCUCGUGCACGUGUCCCGAAGUGCACUAAGUAAGAGUUUCAUCAGCCUUAGCAUUUUCUCUUAAGCUUGGGGUUCUUCUCUUAGGCUUUUCUCCCUCCUUCUUUCCACUGUUUAUCAAUUCGACGUGUCUUCUCUCUUUCUCUCCCAUGUGGGAGCUCAUGGCUGUGUUGCCAGGAUUUGUCAGCCAUGGAAACUGGUCUUUAUUUAUGAGCUUAUUACCAAGAGUGGAAGCUCCCCGAUGUCUUGUGAUGCCGUUGUUAAGCUUUGAUUUUUGCCCAAACCGCAUAUAACUAUUUACCUACUCGCAAGUGGCAUGAAGUGAACUCUUAAUAGCUAUUUAAAUAAAGUUGGAGUUGACAUCGUUUGUAAAGCGCUAUACUCCGCCCUCUCACAGGUGUUCAGGAAAGACGAGCUACAGAAGAUGCUUUCACUAUUCCGCGACACCUCGCUAGCUUUGCUGGGAAGUAAUCUGGAUCCCCUGGGUUACGACAUGACCCAAAAGUCUUGA